CGCCUAGUUUGAUGUAGUGUGACUGUGGGCGGCGCACACCGUCAAGCGCAGCUCUCUCUCACCGUGUCUCGUUGAGGUCGUGGGUAGCAUUCGCACCGGGCGAGAGUCGCUAGCACAGUGUGGAGGGUGUUGACGCCAAAGGUUUACCGGAAUGAAACAAAUGUAAAUCAUUUCGCGCUGUGGGAGUGUUACCCCCUAUAAUUUCAUUUAACCUAUCACCCAUUCUCAGUAAACGCAAAGUAGAGAGAACAUGGAGGUUACCAGUUCAAGGAACGCUCUUUGGUUUGGUCAGCUCUUGCUUCUCUGUCAAAUAGCUGACCUGGUGCAGCAAGGAUAUGGCUUCAGAUCGCAGAAAAAAAUCAAUGACAACAUAGACUGGUCUUAUGCAGGAACUCUAAACCAAAUCAACUGGGCAAAGAAGUACCCAUCAUGCAACAAUGCCAAACAAUCACCCAUCAACAUCGACGAGAGCGUGGCACAGGUCAAAGUCCAGUUCCAGAAGCUAAACCUUCAGAGCUGGGAUCAGAUGACCUCCAGCAAGACAACAGUUAAGAACGACGGAAAGACUGUGGCCAUAGAUGUACAAGGAUAUUUCUUCAUCAGCGGAGGGGGCCUGAGAUCCACGUUUAGAGUGGGGAGGAUCACCUUCCACUGGGGCCGCUGCAACUCCACCUCAGACGGCUCAGAGCACAGCCUUAACGGCAUCAAGUUUCCUCUGGAGAUGCAGAUCUUCAGCUAUGAGGACAGACUCUAUACCUCCAUAGACCACGCCCUGAGGGAAGGAGGCAGAAUCACAGCCUUGGCUGUUAUGUUUGAGACAAGUGUUGAAGACAACGACAACUAUGCCGCUGUAAUAGAGGGAGUCAACAGUGUUAGCCGCUAUGGUAAGAGCAGUGAGGUUAGCCCCUUCUCCCUGCGGGGCCUACUGCCCAACACCACGGAGAAGUACUUCAUCUACAACGGCUCUCUCACCACGCCGCCCUGCGCAGAGACGGUGGAGUGGAUCGUCUUUAAGAACACUGUGGCCAUCUCUGACACACAGCUGGAGGCCUUCUGUGAGGUGAUGACCAUGCAACAGGCGGGGUAUGUCAUGCUGAUGGACUACCUGCAGAACAACUACAGGGAGCAGCAGGAGCAGUUCAUGGGCCAGGUGUUCUCCUCCUACACAGGCACGGAGGAGGUGCCUACACCCAUCUGCAGCUCCGAGCCAGAGAACGUCCUGGCGGAACCGCACAACUACACCAGUCUGCUGGUGAUCUGGGAGCGGCCACGAGCUGUGUAUGAUGCCAACAUUGACAAGUACUCCAUCAGCUACCGCCAGACACAGAGAGAUGACACGCCCGCCGUGGAGUACCUGACCGACGGAGACCAGGAUGUGGGAGCGAUCAUCCAGGACCUGAUGGCCAACACCAGCUAUAUGAUACAGGUUGUGGCUGUGUGCACCAAUGGUCUGUACGGCCGCAUGAGCGACCAGCUGAUCGUGGACAUGCCCCUGGAUGACCCCGAGAUAGACCCUGAUCCUGACGAACCAUUUGAAUUCGAUGAGGACUACCAUCCCAACACAUUUGGGGUCAAGCCCAGUCAUGUGCCUGUCAGAAUCACUACGACCUCACCCUCACAGACCACAACACCCAAGCAGUCCACCACCACCACCACCCCCCUCACCCCCCUCACUGUUCCUACUGCCCAAGGAGAGGUGCACAGGGGCCAGAGCUCUGCAGAUCCAUCCCCCCUAAAGCCCAGCGCCACCUUCAGCCCGGUCCCACCAGCAGGGGGCAGCAGCAGCAGCCCAGCAAACCCAGCCAGGGUGCCCGUUAGCGAGGUGUCCAGCUCUGGCACUCGUGCUUACUCCCCACUGACCACCUCCACUCCCACCCUGUCUGAAGUCACAUCUCCUACACCGGCCACUGCGGACGUCAGGGAAGCGGUUGUCCCGGUUACUGCUUCUGAGGGUUCCGGUGGCCGGUACACCACCGCGAGUCCGCUGGAGGUUCCAGUGGUGGUCACUCCCAUGGCCUCCUACCCUGACGUCUCUCUUCGGCCCACCAGUGGCAGCACAUAUCUCCCCACCACCGCCGCCACCACCACCGCCGCUCCUGCCUUCAGCCUGGUCCCCCUGAGGACCACCCAACCGGUCUUUAAUGGUGAGAGCACAGCUCCUGCAUCCCCCUCUAUGAUUGGCUCCUCUGCCACCUUCCCCUGCCUGCAUGCCACCCCUGUGUCUGAGUCCCCUCCCCCCAGUUCUGUGACAGUCUUGUCUGAGUCCCCCCCCAGUUCUGUGACAGUCUUGUCCAAGUCCCCCCCCAGUUCUGUGACAGUCUUGUCCGAGUCCCCCCCCAGUUCUGUGACAGUCUUGUCCGAGUCCCCCCCCAGUUCUGUGACAGUCUUGUCCCCUCCUCCCAGUUCAGUCUUGUCUGAGUCCCCCCCCAGUCUGGAGCUCUUGCAUGACCUCUCUGUGCCGCUGUCCCGUGACGUCACCGUCUCUGCCACCACCCUCUCCCCGUCACCCUUCAACCCCUACCCCCCUCCUUCCUCCCUCCUUGUGUCUCUCUGGGCAACAAACCAAGUCUCUAGUGGUAGUCGUGGUGAUGGUGAUGGUGAUGACACAGGUGAUGCUGUUAAUGAAGGUGAGGAUGAUAAUGAUGAAGCCUUGUCUACGGGUUCUGCAGCAGUGGCUCUGGGUGUUCCGCCAACAGCGUUGCGUGAGACUCUCCCACUCCACACGUUACCCGACCCCUCUACUAUGGGGUCCCAGUGGCCUGGGUCAGACCCCUCUACCAUGGGGUCCCAGUGGCCUGAGUCCGACCCCUCUACCAUGGGGUCCCAGUGGCCUGGGUCCGACCCCUCUACCUCCGCCUUUCCACUGAGCUCUCUCACCUCUCUCCAGCCGUCCCUCCCUGUCUCUCUGACGGAGGCCGUGUUGGGCUUCACUCCCUCUCUCUCUGUGGGUGUGGUGGAGUGGGUAGACUCCUCUGUGUUAGCUCCGUCUGCUACGAGGGGAGCCUCGGCGGGCGUCCUGCAUGCCCUCAGUGGGAGUUCUCUGCUGCAUGCCUCCUCUCUCUUCCAGCUGCUCUCCCGUCUCCCCGCUGGCGGCGACUCGAGUGGCCUGCUGCUCUCCUCCGGCACUAGUCCUCUAGAACCUCCAUGUCUGUCCUUCUCUUCAGCCUCCAGUGCUGAGACUGUGUGCAGCGGGGCCCCGCCGCCGUCUCUGCUGUCCAGUGCGGCUCCUCUCUGUGGCCCCCAGCCCUGUAGUGAUGUGCUUGUUUCUGUUGCAGCCACCAGCCCUGUGUUCAGCCAGACCCUCCCACCCCUGGGGCCCACCUCUGCACCCUUCACCCCCCCAACCCCGUCCCCCUCUGCCUCACCCUCUCAGGCCAGCUCUGGGGCCCCGCUGCCCACCGGGGGCCCGCUGGAGAGCAGCGCGUCUGGCUGGGCCCCUGUGGAUCAGGAGUGGGAGCGGGGCCAGGCGUCAGCCUCAGGUGAGGAGAGCACGCUGCCCCACACCCUCACCUCUGCUCCUCCUUCCCCCGCCGCCAUCCCCGGGGAGGCCGACCACAACGAGGAGGAGCACUCCUCCUCCUUCUACUUCGAGAGUGAGCGUGUGACAGAGAGUGCCGUCACCACGGUGAUGAGCAGGCAGUCUUGGGCCGUGGGGGUGGGGGAUGAGGAGAGUGGCUCGGGGCAGGAGAUCCUUACCGACAGCGAGACGUCCUCGGAUUUCAGCAUCCCCGAGCGAAUCGAGAGGGACUCAGAGGAGGAAGAGGAGGAUGAGGAGGAGGAGGAGCCUGUAGCAGGUAAAGAUCACGCAGCUCUGAACAGCACAGGUCCUCGUCUCAUCUCAAGAGGCCCCCCUGACCAAGGGGCAGUGCAGUCCGCCAGGUGAAGACGGCUACGUCCUGGUCAGACUGCUCCCCCUGUCCAGUGAAGCACAGAGAAAGACUCAGGAGCUUUUGGGUAACACAAAGCAACUAACCACCCAUCACUGUCUGCCUGAAAGACUUGUUUUAGGUCACCCCAUCUAACCCAUGGAGCCCUGCAGCAAGGUCCACAGGUCACAGGUCACAGGUCAC